AUGUUUUUCAAUCGAAUUCAGUAUUUUCGACUAAUCUCAAAAGUAUUUACUCAACAGCGACGAGCAUAUAUUCAAACACGUCAAUUAGAAGAAUUACAACGACUGUAUAAUUUAUUGAAACAUGAAUCUUUAUCUUCAAUGCAUGGUUAUUCUAUCAAAAUGGAUCCCAAUGCAAUAUUUUCUAAUAAUGAAUUAAAUUUACAAAAAAUACAAGUUUACGGUUUUGAUUUUGAUUAUACUUUAGCACGUUAUAAACCAGCAUUACAUUCAUUGAUUUAUGAUCAUGCUAAAACCUUUCUUGUUAAAAAUUUAAGAUAUCCGGAUGAUUUAAUGAAUUUUUGUUUUCGACCUGGCAUGGGUGCACGUGGUCUUCAUUUAGAUAUAAAACGUGGAUGGUUAAUGAAAGUUGACAGUUACCAUAAUAUUCAAUUAGGCACUGUUUAUCGUGGUAUGAAUGCAAUCUCAGAUGAAGAAGUGAUAGCUGCACAUCAUGGCACAAAAUUGUCAGUUGAUAUCGUUGGUUAUCUAGGAAAAACAACGAAUAUGUUUCAAUUUGUUGAUAUUUUUUCCAUUCCUGAAAUAACACUCUUACGUGAUGUUACUCAAUAUUUUCUUGACAACAAUAUUCCUUUUGGUUCAGAAUAUGUAUUUUAUGAUGUUUCGGAAGCAGUUACUGCUUUUCAUAAAAGUGGAAUGAUGCAUCAAAUAGUUGGAGAAGAUGUUGAAACCUAUUUUGAAGAAAAUGUUCGUUUAAAACCGUUUUUACAACGUCUUCAUGAUGCAAAGAAACAAAUAUUUUUAAUAACCAAUAGUGCUUAUUGGUAUGUCAAUCAUGGUAUGAGUUAUUUACUUGGAGAAAAUUGGCGCAACUUUUUUGAUGUUAUUAUAUGUCAAGCUAGAAAACCAUCAUUUUUUGGUGCAGAACAAAGACCAUUUCGAGAAAUAGAUGUGAAUAGAAAUUCUAAAUCAUGGAAUCGAGUAAAUAAAAUAGAACACGGAAAAGUUUAUGUUGAAGGUAAUCUCGCAGAUCUUAUAGAAAUGACACACUGGAAAGGAAAUGAUGUUCUUUAUAUUGGCGAUCAUAUUUAUGGCGAUUUAGCAGAUUUAUUUCUUAAAUAUGGAUGGAGAACAGGCGCAAUUUUAGAAGAAGUUGAAGAUGAAAUAAAUAUAAUUAAUUCUGAUUCAUUUCAAAAAACAAUUCACUGGUUAAAUGUUCUUCAAUGGCUUAUUAAUCAGUUACAGAUCAUUCCGGGUGCUGAAGCUGAUGUUUUGAUGAAGACUUGGAUUACUGAACGAGAAGAAGAAAAGGCAAAAUCUCGUGAUUUAUUUAACCCAUAUUUUGGCUCUGUCUUUCGUACACAUACAGUACCGACAUAUUUCCAUCGACGUUUAGCUCGUUUCGCUGAUGUUUAUACAUCAAAUGUUUGUAAUUUUCUCAAUUAUCCACUUGAUUAUAUAUUUUAUCCUCGCCGUGUGGCAUUAGCACACGAGAAUGUUUUACCAACGCCAGAUAUUAAUUUACUUUUAAUGGACACUGCUCGACAUGCUAUGCGUUUCGAGUCAGCACGUGUUCAAUACGAAAAAUGA